ACACCCCUGUUAACACACUAAGGAAACCCUGCGCGAUCCUCUUCCUUUUGCUAUCCGCAAGCAAGAUGCCAGGUGGUGGUGUAACGGUGAAAGACGUCAACCAGCAGGAGUUUGUCCGUGCACUGGCAGCUUUCCUCAAAAAGUCAGGGAAGCUGAAGGUGCCAGACUGGGUUGAUAUUGUUAAGCUAGCCAAACAUAAAGAGCUGGCUCCCUGCGAUGACAACUGGUUCUACAUUAGAGCUGCCUCCACAGUGCGUCACCUGUACUUGCGUGGUGGUGUUGGUGUGGGCUCUAUGAUCAAAAUCUAUGGAGGGCGUAAGAGGAAUGGCGUGUGCCCCUCUCACUUCAGCGUGGGCUCCAAAAACGUGGCCCGUAAAGUUCUCCAGGCCCUUGAGGGUCUCAAGAUGGUGGAGAAAGACCCCAAUGGUGGACGUAGAGUGACCCCUCAGGGGACCAGAGACCUGGACAGAAUUGCUGGGCAGGUAGCUGCUGCCAGCAAGAAAUCUUGAAGUGUAAAAUAAAAUUUUGUGAGAAACCCA